UUCUCUGUGUACUUUAAUUUGUAAGCCAAGACUACAGAAAAUGUAUAAAAUUAUUGCCUACCUUGUCUUUCUGACUGCUCUUGCUUCUGCUGCUGUUAGAUACACUGCCGUAAAUGAGCAAACCAAUGGUAACCAAUUUAGACAUGAGCAUUUAUCUAAUGAACCGGUUGGGAGUGAAUUUAUCAAAGUUAUGGAGGAAGCCCAGAAAGAAAAUCCAGAAAAAUUCAGAUUUGAAGCUAUAGAAUACGAGUGGGGAAAGAUGAUUGUCGAAAUAAAUGGAGUUAGAGCUAACGGACAAGAUCGAACCUUUUGGGGAUUUUUAAGAGAAGAAGAGAGCAGUCUUUGUAUGAUGAGAACUGGAGUUUCCACUUACAAAAUCAAGAAAGACGAGCAUCUCUAUAUGAAAUUCUUGACUUUCGAUGACAGAUAUCCCCAAUGUAAAGAUUAG